UGCAAAAUCUUUUUUGUGGCAAUGUCUGUGGCUCUAGGCAUACUCAACACCAAGGCUGUCGUGAAACAAACCAAAUAAGUGCAAAUCGCAGUAGAAUACAAGGGAAAAGCAAUUGCUGAAGGCAUUGUUGUUUAUCACAGAUAAACCUCUCAUACUAGGAUGAACCCGUAUGUGAAAGAACAAAAUGCGCUGACCAUAUAUUGCAUACGCGAGCCAUGGCAUGCAUGGGGCUCUCUGCUUGGUCCGCGGGAAUGUUGUGAAUGGAGUGGAGAUCAUUGUCAGACGGGAAUUGGGCUUGCCGGUCGAUUGAACUUUCGAUCGGCUUCGGUAGUUCGCUGUGGCUCCAGAUCGACCUCGCAAAUGGCAGAGGAAGAACAUGGAGCUGUGGGACAGUCUCCUGAUGAUGAGUGGCUCCCGCAUUCUACAGCCUUAACACUGCUCGAAGAUGUAUGUUCACCGAGCUUCAACAAUGCGUGUCGUGUAUCGGAAGACAGCUUCAAUCCAGACAGCAAAUAUCUGUCCCGCGAAAAUGUGUCUAGCUGUGUCGGGAGAUGUUCAGCUGUGCCGAUAGCAGAGUCGCAUGACACAUCUUCAAAUGCCACUCGCACACAAUGCAUUGCAGCGUCCUCCCUGUCGUCAGGAUAAGCCACGAUCAGAGAC